AUGUACAUGGACCAAAAAUCUACUGGUGACGUAUUCCCCCCCACUUUUGCCAGCAAAGUGAGAGCUACUACCUGGUUGAGAGCCUGCAACAGAGAAGACUUGAACAACAAUUUACAUGUUCUGCAUAAGACAGCAAGACUUUGUGAAGACCAUUUUGAUCCCAAAAUGUUCAUUAUUAAAACAAAACGUGUUUUUCUGACCGCAACAGCGGUUCCAACAAUAUUUCCAUCACUGGAGGGAUCUUCAAGGGAUUUUGAUCAUACGUAUUCAAAAGUAGUCAGCGUCAUUUCUAACACCAAUGAGGCUAGAAGAAUAAAAGUUUUACAGCACAUUGUGAUUCCAUCAGCUGAACAAACGAUGACAUCGGAUCAGCAGGAUAAUUUGCCAUGCUCAUCUCCUCUUGGAUCCCCAAAUGAAAUGGAACAUGUGGAUAAUUUUCGAUGUGUAUCGUCGGUGUCUAUGGCUUCUUCCUCUGUUCUUUCGGAUUCGUUGAUGCUGUCACCCAGAUCAACACAAACCACAAGUGAGUUAUCGAGCAAAACACCCCGGAAGGAGAAGUACCGGAACAAAAUUAUCCAAUUAAAACGAGAAAUUGAUAGUUUAAAAAAUAAAAAUUUGGAACUAGAAAAGAAACGUGAAGCUGGUGAAGAUAUUACCUUUGAACAAUAUUGUCAGCUGACACAUAAAUUUUGCGGCAACGAUGAUAUGGCUGAGUUUAUUAAUUUUGAAGUUAGUCAAGCUAAAAAAAAACCUUUUGGGCGUAGAUAUUCUGUUCAUUUUAAAAUGGAAUGCCUACCGUUAUAUUUCGCAGGUCCCAAGUUGUACAAGCAGAUGUUAUGCUGCCAAUGGCGGCUGAUGGUGUUGCUUGGGCUGUCGCCAAGGCUAAUACCAUCGACUAAGGACUGUCGGACCCAUAGGGUUCCGAUGGUGAUUUACUACGACGGCGAGGACGGUAAUGGGCGGUUUAAAUGUAAGAAAGCAUGUUGCAAACAGGGCCACGCUGUUUCGAAAAACACAUGGUUUGAAAAUGCUCACCUCAAACCACACGAGGUAGCCUGGGUGAUGUAUGGCUUCGCUCAGGAUUGGCCUCAUUAG